CAGACCGUGACGUAGGUCAGCCAUUUUGGGUUGUUUGUUGAGAAGUGAGCAACUUAUUCUUUCAGACGACAAGGAACCGCAGGCCGAGGACAAAAAACGACAGAGGAAACAAAAUUUAUACAUAUAUUGUUUAGUAUGGGGCCGCCAGGGAGCAAAAUCCGAUUCCUAUUGUUUGAAAGAAUGGGGGAUUUCAGUUGGUUUGUCCGUUUAUCUUGACAUGGCUUGUAUUAGGUGUGGAAGCUGACCAGCUAACGUAGCCAACGUUACUGAAAAAGCAAAACAGAGAACAAGUGAAACAAGCUAGCUAAAACCUUAGCUAGCGAGUAAGCUGCCAUCAAGAAAGCACGGAGAACGCAUAUCUGCGGUAUCUGUCUAUCUUGCUUGCUAGCACAGUUGGCUAGCUAGCAUAGCUAGCUGUUCGUAGCGUGUUGUUAGCUUGAUAGCUAGCUUGCUCAUAAUUUAACAACCGAAGGAGUGCAGAUAGCUGGCUAGCUAGCUACGCAUAUAGACUACAAUGGCUGUCGACAUACAUUAAAAUCGUUUUUGAAAAUGGUAGCUAGCUUUCUAGCUAGCUACAGCACGUAGCUAGCUAGUUGAUAGCAUUGCUGGAUAGUGAGUGACGUUAUAACUGAACCAGACUGAGAAUGUAAAAAAACGGAGGGCUGUUUAUAUGGUAGGCCUCGAUUACGCCGAGCAAGAUAAGAUGUAGCUAGCUGGCUGGCUAGUUAGCUAGCUACACUAGUUGCGAAGUAGCUAUCUUUGGGCACUUAAAUUACGCCAUAACUAUGAACGCAGAUACCGGGCCAGGUUUAACACCAGUGAACUCCGCUAUGACUACUCAGUUUUCUUUUGUUUUUCUUGGGGUCAUGCUCUCCUCGAACCUGUUUUUACCUGCCGCGAACCUCUGUACCCCCCAGCCUUUGACGGUAACCCGUUCAUGAAAACGGUCUCGCCAUAUAAAUACGAACAAACACGCCAACCAUGGACGAGGCUGGGAGAAAACCGACUUAGCUAGCCACGUGUAUUGUUUUAUUUUUUGGUUUUGUAUUACGGUAACGUCAGCUAGCCAGCAACGGCUGGGUCAGCAUGUGUUUGGAGGCAUCAUGUAUUGUCAGUUGCAUUUUGUAUAGGAAUAAAUCGCAUCUUAAGUUUAGCUAACUUUACCUCUCUUGGUUAAAGUAGCUGUUUAUGUUAAUCCUCGGUGAGACGGAGUUCAUAAAUUGAAGGGUUUUUGGGCUUACAACUAACUUGAUCCUCCUAUUUUUACAGCAUGGUCUUAACUAAUUAAAUCAAAAUAUUUCCCUAAAUGUAACCCCCUUCCCCUGCGCACCCUUUAGAAAAGAGCAAAACAUGACUUAAGUUGUCAUCAGUCACUUUGUUUAGAAUUAGACUAGCUAUUCCAAUUAGCUGUUGUAGGAGUCUUUGCUUUGUCUUGUUUCCAAAAAGGGAACUCCUCAUUUCACACAAUGUGCUAGUUACGGAUAGUUAAAAGACAGAAAAUAAUACCGCAGAAGGAGAACGACAGCCAUCAAUAUUUCACAAUGGGGGACCCAAACUCCCGAAGAAAACAAACAAUGAACCGACUACGUGCUCAGCUUCGGAAGAAAAAGGAGUCUCUUGCCGACCAGUUUGAUUUUAAGAUGUACAUCGCUUUCGUGUUCAAAGAAAAGAAGAAGAAGUCUGCACUUUUUGAAGUAGCUGAAGUGGUGCCGGUCAUGACCAAUAACUAUGAAGAGAACAUUAUCAAGGGCGUGCGGGAUUCCAGCUACUCGUUAGAAAGUUCUCUAGAGCUGCUGCAGAAGGACGUGGUUCAGUUGCAUGCCCCUCGCUACCAGUCAAUGCGUAGGGAUGUCAUAGGAUGUACCCAGGAGAUGGACUUCAUCCUGUGGCCCCGCAAUGACAUUGAGAAGAUAGUCUGUCUUCUGUUCUCGAGAUGGAAGGGUUCUGAGGAUGAACCUUUUCGGCCUGUUCAGGCCAAGUUUGAAUUUCAUCACGGAGACUACGAGAAGCAGUUCUUGCACGCUGUGAGUCGAAAGGAUAAGGCUGGAAUGGUCAUGAACAACCCCAGUCAGUCUGUGUUCCUCUUUAUGGACAGACAGCACUUACAGACUCCAAAAACCAAGGCCACCGUUUUCAAGCUGUGCAGCAUCUGCCUCUACCUGCCGCAGGACCAGCUGACCUCCUGGGGGGUGGGUGGCAUCGAGGACCACCUCCGUCCGUAUAUGCCAGACUAGGGUCUCCGCCAAGCCAUGCAGGGAAGAUGGCCCAAGAUCACUGCAGCAAGCUCGCCUCCUCGCCUUCACGCCUUUCAUUGAAUACAAGUGAACUUGUGCUUGGAACACUCCUUUUGUGUUAACCUUCUCAUUUUCAUCCUGGAGCUUCUUUCCAUUCGUUCAUUCAUUUUUAUUUUCCUAUCAAAACCGUGAAUUUUGGUUUCAUUUUGCACUGAUUUUUUUGUGUGAUCAUGAAUGAUUGUAAAACUUGCUUAAUUGACAGAAGUGCUACACCAGAUUUCUUAGAAUCGUCAUUCAAAUCUGUUAUGAGGGAGGGCAGGUGAGCUUACGAGGACUGACUUAAACUCAAUUUAAGAUCCUUAAAAAAAUGGGGCGAAAAUUUCUUGUCAACGGUCAAAAGCUGUAGGCAUCACUUUGUAGUUGUGUUUUUCCCUGUUGACACACUCAGUUUUGCUGGAUCUUUAUUUUUUGGGGGGGUGUCUCCCUGCGUUGGCUAAGAAUUAUAUACGAUUUCUUUUGUUAAGGAGAUUCACAUAGGUUAAUGCCUGGCAGACCCAGGAUAAGACCCGGAGCAUGAAUAGCUCAGUGGAAGGUUUGAUGAUAUUGAGAUGCAAAAAUAAGCUGGAAACUGUUUUGGAUGCAUAAGGACACCUUAAUAGCACACAAGCAAUACAUGCACUGUAUUCUGGCUACUGCAAAAAAAAGAUUUUAAUGGGGGAAUGUGAGCUGUUCUAUGUGGGGAAAGUUUAAAAGAGGGUAACACAUGUAACUAGAAAAUAAAGUUGGGGUGAUAAAUUUGUGGAACUGUUAAGAUUUUUUGUUUUUUGAUUGGCUUAAAUCUUGGUUACUUACUGUUUCGGAGCUGCAUUGGGGGGUGGGUAUUUUUAAGCUUGUUUUACUGGGUAAAAGGCACAG